AUGAAGGUCAACGCAGCUGCCUUCGCUGUCCUUCUCACCACAGCCGCCUUCUGCGCUCCUGCAUCGGCCUCCCCAUAUGCCUCGGACACCACACCCUGCUGCUUUGCCUACAUCUCCCGCCCACUGCCCCGUGCCCACCUCCAGGAGUACUUCUACACCAGCAGCAAGUGCUCCAUGCCAGCAGUCGUCUUAAUCACCCGAAAGAACCGUCAGGUGUGUGCCAAUCCGGAGAAGAGAUGGGUGCGAGAGAUUAUCAACGCUUUGGAGAUGAGCUAG